AUGCAAUAUAAGCAUGUCACAGUUGCCAUGCUAUGUAUAUUUCGCUCUGCAACUUCUUAGAUCCACCAGUAUGUUUACUGCAAAUAAGACGUUUCGGUAUUUGGCGUCGGUCCUUGCCUUAUGUUUUAUUCCAGUUGAGUCAAGUGAGGAACCCUUUUGGGGUUUUGCCAACUUGACUUCGGGAAAUGAGGGCUGUCCUGAGGGAUACACUCUCGUGGGGAGCCAGUGCCUCAUGUUCAUUACCUUCGCUCAAGAGAGCCACAGCGGCGCGAGACAAGUGUGUCACUCUGCUUCGGGAGAGUUGCUAGCCAUUACUACGCCUUCGCAGUUUGUGGAAGUUGUAAAUCAUAUCUAUGCUUACGGUUACGAUGGACGUCACUUCUGGCUGGACGGGUCAGAUGCGCAGGCGGAAGGCAGCUGGGUGACUUCCUCUGGUGAUCCAGUACCCCGAGGAACUCCCUUCUGGGCGGCUUUCCAAGAUUUCCAAGAACCUAAUAACUCCGAAGGAAAUGAACACUGUCUAGAGAUUGGUGCUCAGGAGUAUUACUACAUGAACGAUGUUCCGUGCUCGAAGGAGAACAACUUCAUAUGCCAGUAUAAGAAUCAAAAGCAAGAAGGUGAAAUUCCCCAAAACCACAGUGCUGAGGUUCUGCAGGCACCUGAAACUGAAGAGAGCAGUGGCCAGUGUCCAACCUUUUACGUGGAGGUUGGGGGUCUCUGCCUUAUGUUCCUGACAUGGGAAGAGCUGACCUGGCAUGAGGCUCAACAAUCCUGCGGCGAUUUUAGCGACCUCCUGGCGAUCACUGACGCGGAAGUAUUGCGAGCUGUGUACCUCUACUUGCAUCAAGAAAAUAUAGCAGCCCAUAGUUUCUGGCUGGGAGGUUCCGAUUCCACUGAAGGGCAUUGGGUCUACACCACAGGAGAGUCUGUCCCAAUGGGCACACCUUUCUGGGGUCUAUAUCGUGGAGGCAGUUCUGUUCAGGAACCCCAAGGAGGAAAUGGUGAGAACUGCCUGAUGAUCAGUACGCGGGGUUCUCACUAUUUCCGGGAUGUGGCUUGUUCCUCGAGACUGAACCCUCUGUGUGUCUACCAAGGAUAAUCAGAGCCUUAUGCGUUAGAACUGGAAUGUGUUAGAGUGUAGUACGGAGAGACAAGAAAUAAAAGGAAAAUUAUAAUUAAAAAGAA